AUUACGAGUGAAGAGGCACAGACAGAAGCAUUUUGCAUACGAUCAAUGAAGUUUUUCAGUUUGCACAGUUGGUAUUCUCAGCAUUCUUGGUGUGAUUUGUGACUGUUCGAGAAUGGCAACAUGGCAAGUGCGUAUGGCGACAACAGAGGAUGUUCCAGAAAUCUUGCGAAUGAUAACGGUAAAGAACAAAUCGUUAAUUUGAUGCGGUUGGGGUUGCGAAGAUUCUGAGAUUCUUCAGGACACAUAAAUAUAAUUUUGCUUUUGAAUGAGCACGUCAAAUUCUUCUGCUUACAUAGGAUUUAGCUGUAUUUGAGAAGCAACCAGAAUCAAGAGUUAAACUUACUGAGGAAGGUAAGAUCCACAACAUGUACAGAAACUCUCCACACCCAAACGUGAUCAGUAUGCAUAUUCCUUCUUCAUUUCCUAAGGCGCUGAGAAAGAGAAUUUGUUUAACAAUCAAGAGCUUGUUUAGUAUGUGAUCAUGUCCUUAAUUCUCAUGACCUUAGUGUUUGAUUCAGGGGUGAUACUGUGUGGAGAAAUUAGAUGCUAGUCUUUGAUUUCUCUGUGACUGAGGGGUUGAAAAAGCUGCAAAAACACAAAAAACUUAUCCACUCUUUCCCACCAACUGAUUCCUUUUGACUCCUUGGCUUAUCCCCCUUAGAAAUGAUUAGGAAAUAAUAAUCUGAUGAAAAAUAAGCCUUACAGGACUUUUAACCCUUUCACCUCUAAAACUGACCAGCAUGAAAUUUCUCCUCACAAUAUUAGCCCUGAAUAAAACAUUGAUUUGACAAGAAAAACACAAAUGAUCACCAAACAAAGAAGAUCUUUAUUUCUAAACAAAUUCUCCUUGUCAACACCUGAGGAAAUGUAUAGCAAACAGUGGGGGGAAAAUACACACUGAUGUUAGGUGUAAAGGGUUAUGAAGAGACUUUCUAAAAUUUACAAUCUGGUCAAGUGAGAUUUAUUAUGUAUCUGAGGAAAUCAAGAAUCAUGAAGGAGGGAAUUAAGGUAUCAAGGCCAGAAACGAUUACACUCUCUCCUGAUUAUUUUUACCAAAUAAUUUGUAUUAAAUUAUUCAGUUCACACAUUGAGGCAACAGAUAUGUCAUUACUUCAUAGAUUGCACUAACUUAGUUAUAGAAACAAAGAAUUUUUUAACAUUUUGUCUAUCUUGCAGAAAUACAAAGGGAUGGUUUUGGAGAAACACCAUGGUUCAGCUGUCUGAUAGCAGAAGAGGUGAACCCCAAUGAAGAAAAGAACUGUGGCUUAUCAACGAAAAAGGCUGUUGGUUAUGCAUUAUUUUUCAACAUUUAUUCCACUUGGGAAGGCCGAUCUCUCUAUUUGCAAGACCUUUAUGUCGACUCAGCUUUUAGAGGUGAACUCUAUGAUCAAGUUGAUUCCCUGUUACUUGCAUAAUUUUUUUUAUUUCAAGCAUAAUGCUCAGGGUCUCUUUGUUCACCAUUUUUGGGGUUGUAAAUCUUCUUGAAAGAAAGAAAAGAGCACUUUGUUCAAAUUUUUGCCUGAUGGGUCACAUCGCUGUACUUACUGGCCAUCAAUUUCUUAUUUUAAAUUGAAUUACAUCAAGGUGAAGGUGAAGGUGUAGACAAUUUUUAAAAUUAAAUACACUGUGGGAGAAGACAAACAAAGAUUAGAUGAUGUUCCAGCCAUGAAAUGUUAUCUUCCUUUAAUGUGGAAAAGACCAUAAAUGCCCUUACUAUUUGAUUAAGUUACACAGCUUAGCCCUUUAACUCCCAGAAGUGAUCAACAUGAAUCUUCUCCCUUUGAUAUCCCACCAUUAUCAAGCAGACAGCUAAUGAGAAUAUUCAAACUUAUCAGAUAGAAGUUUUUAUCUUGAUCUAACAUGAAAUUCUCAUAACUAAUUUACAAGAAUUUGUGAAGCAGCUAGGGGGGAGAAUUUACAAUCAGAUCUUGGGAGUCAAAGGGUAAACACAAAAUUGGCAAACACAGGUUGCCAGAUAAGUGACUCACUGCAAUUUUAAUUUUCAAAUUUUAUUCCUUUGCCAUGACAAAUACAAGUCUGGGCUUGGACCACUUAUAGGGGUACACAUAGAGUAUUUGUUACCUGAUAAUUAGCACCUAAAGACAUGUUCAGUUUAAUUUUUUUGACAGGAAAAGGAAUUGGAAAAGAGUUGUUGAGACGAGUGGCUCAAGUAAGUUAAAUUUUUUUUUAAAAUAUAUUUCUUGUUUUGGUAAAAUGUAGAAAGGCAUGUUGCUAAGCUUUAUAUCUUGGUGAUAGAAGAGAUGCCUGUGUAAUGGGGUAAAAAUUCAGAUCAGUGAUUAUUUUUCCUUAUUUCAGAUCGCAGUUGACAAGGGUUGUGCCAGAGUGGACUGGGGUGUUCUUUACUGGAACAAAAUUGCAAGAGAUUUCUAUGACAAGCUUGGAGCAGUGUGCUUAGAUGAAUGGCGUCGGUAUUGCCUAAUGGGACAAGGUUUGCUGGAAUUUGCCGGCAAGGAACUUUUGUAGUACAACUAUACCAGUAGGCUUGUAAAAUUAUCUGGUGGUAGAUUCUAAAUUAUUAUGAGUGAAUACCAAAUGAACAAUCAACUACAUACAAAAAGCUGUUCUCUCCUGGACCAUUGAAGAUUUGAUGACACAAAGACUACCUGCUACACUAACACAAUUAACCCUUAAAACCCCAAAAGUGACCAGCAUCUAAUUUCUCCCUACAAUAUCAGCCUGAAUCAAACAUUAAGUUCAUGAGAAUGAAUGAAUGAAUGAAGGAAAUGAUGCCCAACAAGACGCUUUUGAUCAGUAAACAAAUUCUCCUUAGGAAGUGUAUAAAGAAAGGUAUAAAGAAUAUGCAUGAUGAGUUUAGGUUGUAAAGGGUUAAAAAAUUUGGAUCAAUGACAGUAUCUGACUAACUGAGUACCUACCCCUCCCUUAACCAAGCAUUAACCCUAAGUUGUUAUCGGUUGACUGUCUUUGGGUUAGGGGAGGGGUAGGUGGGCAGUUGCUCAGAAUCUUGUCAUCAGUUGAGCAAGGAAGUGUAAAAUGAGGGAGCCUUGGGAGAGGAGAUACUCUGUCCCUCCCAGUCCUCCUAAGAAUCCCUUCCUGUGGCUUUCUAUCCCCAUUCCUCAUAUUUUUUGGAAAUGAUAUAGAUUUAGCCAAGCCUAAAAGCGGAGCUCGCAUUUUGUUUUUCCCGCAUGUUUCAAGGGCACAACGCCUUGCCCCGGCUAGGAGUAGAACCCGGGUCGUCCGACUCGGAGCCCAGUGCACUGACCACUGGACUACUGGAAAAAGCCAUGGCGUUGGUGUGCCCGCGGUACUGUUGACCACGCAUGCUAAAAGUAGCGCCUUGUACGGUCGUAUGGUCGUACAUCCAAAUUUUUUCGGUUUGAUGGGUUACCACUAUUUUGUAUAAUUAUGGGGCUACGCUCUGCGAGCUCCGCUAUAAUUAGGUAUAAACAUAAUAUUUAAAUAUGUUGGUCUACAUACUGUAUGAUUUUAUGCCACUAUCUGGGUCUGUAUAAUUAUGAUAUUUUAGUAACUAUAUAAAAAACUAUAUUUAAACAUACUAACUGUAAGAAAUUAUGCUGUUAGGUAACAGCUUAAAAUCUUACUUUUUCAUUUGGUUUUUACUUUCCUUACUCAUGAGAUCCAAAGCAGGUUACUCUGGUAAAUAGCUACUUACCAAACAGAGCAGGGUCUGUAGGUAACCGGUCAAGUCGCCCGAGAGUCAUCUCGCCCGAAGUUAUGUCGCCCGAACCCU